AAAUUGAUUGAAUAUGUGUUGAUAGGGAUCGUUGAAUUUGAUUUUGUGCAGAAAUUCUGGUUAGAUAAGAGAACUGGAAAGACUUGUAUGUCAAUAUCUUCGAAUGGGUUGGCGAUUACAGGGAUCGAUGAUCGGAGAUACUGGAGUCGGAUUCAGACUGAGGAAUCGAGGUUCCAUUCAGUUGCUUAUCUGCAGCAAAUCUGGUGGCUUGAAGUGGAUGGCGAGGUCGAGUUUCCAUUCCCAGCAGGGUCCUAUAGCCUGUUUUUCCGACUGCAACUCGGACGUGCUUAUAAGAGGUUCGGCCAAAGACUUUGCAACUCCGAACACGUUCAUGGUUGGGAUAUAAAGCCAGUGCAACUCAAGCUCUCAACUUCAGAUGGACAGCAAGCGACAUCCCAGUUUUACUUGAAAGAACCUGGAAAAUGGAUUUACUAUCAUGCUGGGGAUUUUUUUGUUGCGGAUUCUGGCAAAUCGACUAAAGUCAAAUUUUCGAUGACGCAAAUCGAUUGCACACACACUAAAGGUGGUCUUUGUGUAGAUUCUGUAAUAGUGUAUCCUGGUGAGUUUGGAAAGAGGUUGCAGCGUUUUUAAUUGCAGUAAACCUUCUUGGUCGGAUGUAGGGGUUAUAGCCUAGUUGAAACUCGAGUUCUUUGUGCAGACUAUGUAAUGUAAAUCGUUUGUAAUCGAGUUGUCAACCUUGGUAAAACUCUUGUUGCUCGGUCUAGUAUUUUUUGGUUAAUUGUACUAAACAUGGCCUUCGGUGUUGGAUAACGUAACUAAUAAUGGAUUUAUUUAUUUA